AAUUCUUAGGCCUAGGCUAGCAAAACCUCUCUAGGCUAGGCUAGGCCUAGUCCUUCACAGUUCGCCGUCGUCCGUCACUCGUUUGUCGUGACCAUGGAGUUGUUUAUACCGAUGGUGUUCUAGUUAUAAUGCCCUUCCAUAAAAUAUUGUCCCCAUGCGCAGUAAGUUGAAUUUGGAUAUACACUUCAUAUUCGAUUUUAAGUAACUGUAGGCAAUAAAGACGAUUCUGAAUUAACUUUAAAUGCAUUUGCCAUUUAAUAAGUAAGUGUUAAAUAUUGUUUGGUAGGAAUUUUAGUCUUUUUCCUUCCCAAUUCAUUGAUUUGGUUGUCAAUUUGUGCUGAUUACAAACAGACUGCGCACAUGAGACAUGUUGAACUACACCGGAAGUAUCCGAUGUCAACAAAGAGCCGCAAUAACUUUGAGAAAUCUGUCAAGCAGCUCAUCAGCUUGAGGAGAGAAUGGCGGUGAGGUAAGUAAGGUAUAAAAGCAGCUAUUACAUCUUUAAAUUCCACUGAUAGCUAUCUACAUUUUCGUCAUGUUUUCAAACAAAGCAAAGAAAAAGGAAAAGCGGAACGUGGAACUUACGUUGUUUCAAGAGAGACGUGAACAUUUACAACAAAAACUACCUCAAAGUUUCGGCAUGAAUGGAGUGCAGCCUGAGCGAAGUCCAGUCGACUUGACUCAAUCGAAAACCCAAGGCCAAGCAGGAGGAGGAGAGGUUGUUGAUGAAAAGGUUAUCAAACGCUUUGCUAAGUAUGUGACCAGUUUUCCUGUUAUGCAUAUUUCUGAUGAAAACAGAGCAGAAUAUUUGCAAAAACAGAUGAACAAUUUCAAGCAUAAGAAGAAUGCAAAAUCGGUGCAACUUGUCAUUGCUCUCUCAGGGGUCAAAGUUUGCCAGGUGGCUAAUGAAAAGGUUGUUCUUAUGGCUCACGCACUAAAGAGAAUCUCAUAUUCAACGUGCGAACCCGAUAACCAUCAAUUUGCGUUUCUUGCACGGAAUCCAAAAGGGCCGGUUGGUCUGCAGUACUGUCACGUCUUUUCUACUGAGGAGAGAUAUCAGGCAGAAGAGUUAAACGCAGUGCUGGGAAAAGCGUUCAAAGUUGCAUAUGCUACAUUAUCAACCAAGAAGGAGUUUUUUGAAUUGGUCGAUGGAUUAAACAAAGAAGAACAAGCUUUUUAUGAGAAGGUCAAAGAACGUAUGAGGAUAAAUACUACAACAAAACCUGAAGAUUUUUUGAAGAAGCAACCAUUGCUGGCUCCAGAUGCAGUAAGGGGAUUUGGUAAAGAACCGGAAAUUCAAAUUAAAAAGCCAAAGAAAGCUGAGACUUCAAAAGUACCAGACAAUUCAUCAGUAUUUAUCAAUUUACCUGACAACGUACAGCUUCUCAGCUGGGGAAAUGAUUCAGAAGUUUCACUCUUUCCUCACCUAGAUUCUACCACUCCUGACACCUUUACAGAAUCCCAAUUUACCCAGUCACUUCCAACCAAUCAGGAGAGAGCUAUAUCAUUAUCAACCAAUCAGCAGUCAAGUUCUCUGCCAACUUGUUUAGAGCCUGAUAGUAAAGACGUGGCUCCUACUGCUCCUCCUGUUGAACCUUGUGAUCUUCAACAAGAAAUGGUUUCUCGACAAACAAAUCGUGUGCGGCCACUACCUCCAGCACCAUACUACGAGGUGGAUGUAAAGAAUGAGUGGAGUUUGUAUGGCUCAGUAGCUUCUAAUAAUCCACUGACUGUUGCUCCAGAAGCCAUGAAUUCCGGCUGUCAGAUUUUGCUGCAGGAUGAACAAUCCCCAAGAAAUCUUGGGGAGACUGAUCUGCAAGAUGAAAGGCUACAGAAAAAAUCUGGGAAGAUCCUUUUACAGGAUGCUUCCGCUCCUCCAAUGUUUGCAUAUGGAGAAAGUUCUGAUGAAAUGGAGGAUCAGUGUGGUGAACAAAAUGAUGCAUUUACACUCGAUGAGGAAGAUGUUGAUCGCGAUGAGGACUAUGAGGAAUUAAUGCGUGUUGCACGUGCAUUUCUGCACGGCUCCCCGGGCAGGUUUAAUAGACUGUCACGCGAUGUAUAUCGCGAUAUGUUAGAGCGCGAAUGCUCAUUGGACGAUACAUUACGAUACAAUAGAUCUGAAUCGCCAGAAUUUGAAAAUGAACAAGGAUCUUAUGGAUCGGAAACAAAAUGUCAAAGGGCAUCAAAGGAACAAACUUCACCAAAGAGAGAGCAUGACCCUAGAGUUAGAGGUCAGAUAGACUUUUUGUCAAGAUCUUCAGAUGAAAGUGAAGAUGGUGAAAAUAAAACAUGUUCUGUAGGAAAUCUGAUUGGUCAGUUCCAACAUAAUUCAGACCAAAAUGGAAACUUUAAACCUGCUUUCAAAACAGGAGAGUCAGAUAAACCAAGCACAACAGUUAAGGCAUUUAAAAACCCUAAGCCAGCACCCAGGCGGAAAGCGCCAGCUCCACCUCCCCCGAGGCCGCCAAAGAACACAUCCUCAACUGAGACUUCAUCAUGCCGUCCAAAAGCUGAGAAUGUUAAUGGACAAAUGACAAACCGAAGGAAUGCACACCGGAUAAAACCAAUUCCUGCACCUAGAACUAAAUUUAUCAAAUCGGACUCUAUGUCAAGUAGUACUAGUACGACCUCAAGUACAACCUCAAGUACGACCUCAGGUCAAGGAGUUAGUGAAAACCAAAGAGUUCGGCCUUCAACUUUAACAAACAAGAAGCCAGUCAGAGCACCAGGUCACAUAGGUCACAAAGUGGAGGUUGAAGUGGGAAAAUAUAAAGAAGAGCAAAAAACAGCUGUUAUACCACCUAGGCCUCCAAGAACACAUCCACCUUCAAAUAUUAAAAGCAAAUUUGCUGUAGACUUGAGGAAAGCUCCUUGGUUUAGGACUGGAAUUCCAAAGGAAAUUGCUGUGGAAAUAUUAUCUCAAGAAAGCAUUGGUGCAUUCAUGGUGCGUGAAAGCAAAAGUCACCCAGGCUGCUUUGCUCUGUCAAUCAGAGUGCAGACAACAUUUAAUAAGAGCGGCCUAGCUAACUAUUUAAUCGUCAAGACAAAGAAUGGUGGACACACUAUCAAGGGAUUUGGCAAAGACUUUGAGGAUCUUCCUCGUCUCAUCCAUCACUACUCCAUUCAUCAGGAUCAGUUGCCGUGCCUGUUGGUAAAGGCAAGGAACAAUCCAGGAUUUGACUCGUCUGAUGAUGACACAAAAUCUGAAGACCCCGAAUACAUGAGUCUGACGGAUUUCAGAUCUUUAGCAGAAGAGUAAGAGAAGUUGAUCUUAUUGAACUUGAUUUUGAAAGACCGCUAUUUGAUUUCAUGAGAACUGCAAUAUCUGUUGACCAGUUAUGCAGCACUGUCCACCUAAUUCAGACUGUUCAUCAGGAGAGUAUAAACUACACAUUAAGUCCUAGAAUCUGGAGAAAUCAAUGAUCACACUAAUUCCACACAAUUAUCAAUACUAUUCAUCUUCAAAACAGAUAAAUUGGAAAUGUUCACCUUUUUGAUCAAAAGUUACUCUUGGAUCUUUUAACACAGUGGGGAUGUAAAAGAAAUCAUGAAAAAGCAACUUAAUAUGCAAGACUGUAACUUCUAUGUAUGUCUGUUCACUCUAUGCACUUUUCAUAAUUUUCUGACAGCAUGAUGUAGUUGACAUUCCAAAACAAUAUUUUUAUGCUGUUGCACAAGAGAGCGAGUCAGUUGAUCAGUGCAGAAAUUGAGCGGGUCUCAAUGUUCCUCCUUGUCUUAAUUAUUUAAAAACUAUUUAUUAAAAUAAAUUUUUACUGCAUGUUUUAUUAGGUGCUAUCAAUUGAAGAUUGAUAUCUAAUGGGCAGUACAAACUGUGAUCUACAACCAAAUAAGUUUUUUUUAGUGUACAUAUCAAGUGUAAAAUACAAUCAGUAACUCAUUCUGCUGUACUAGCAAUUUCACCAGAGGAUACAGAAUUAUCACCUCUAGAGGGCAGUAGAUGUUUUUUUUCAGAUAUGAAUUUUAAAUACAGUAUACAUAGAAAUGUUAUAUUUUUAGAUGCAAAUUUUUUUUAAUAUUCCUCAUUAGGAAAAGAUGAAGCCAGUUUUCUGGUUGUGUAAUCCAUGUUACAUUCUACCACAAACAUUCCAAUUGCAACUGCAACAUUUACAAAAAAAAAAAAUUACAAGCCAAAUAUUUUUUAAUAAUUGCUGUAAAUCAUGUUGCUGUUGGGAAAAUGGGAACCUAUUGCGGUCCAGUAACAUGGUCUCUUGCUAAUACCACAAAACAAUGGUAUUGAGUGUGCUUUAAAUCUACUUAUUGCUAUGACUAAUCAUUGAUAUAAUUAUUGUUAUUAGUAUUAUUAUUUUAUAUUAUUAUCAUUUAUAUUUCCGAAAUUGAAGUGAGAGAUAGGUAGUCUUCCAUUUAUUACAUAUCAAAUCUCAGGCUGAUGUUCAGAAUUCCUGAUGUCAUUUUACUGUGCCAUCUAUGGUUGAAGCAUUUUAUAACUAAAUAAUUUACUGUCUGUUCCCUAAGCCCUGUUUGCUAUCCCUAAAAUCAUAUAGUUCUUAUAAAUUGUCCUUUUAUGUUUAUAUUUUAAUAUCAAGUUUUAUGUGAUAAUUAUACCGUAAAACCUUUAAUUGAAGCCCACCGGGCUUAAUCUCGAGAUGAAGCCCAUCUCGAAUUGAAGCCCCCUCUUUA